AUGGAUACUGUAUUCGAAGACCCUGUAGGUACUUCAAACGCGACGAAACCAGAAAUACCUGGUUUUACAAAAACCUGUUGUAGAUGUCACUGCUCAAGAUCAAUAGAAGACUUUGUUAGAGUAAGAGGUACCGUCAUUCGAGAAUUCAAUAGUUGUAAUCGGUGCUCCGUUCAGAGGAAAAGUUACGCGCAUAAUAAUUCAACGGCUAGAAAAAGACGAAAAAUAGAUGAGCAAAAAGACAUAAGCGAACAAGUCAGUCACGUAAAUGAUUUAGAGAUUAUCACACCAACGUCAACAACUAAUAACACUAAUGUGAUAACAUGCCAAUCAGAUCAAAUUGAAAUGAUUGUACAUAGUAAUUUUGAAGAGGCCAGACAAAUAAACCAACCAAUUCAACUUGGCUUUCAUAUAACACUGGAACCCGACUUUAUUCAAAAGAUAUUUCCAAAUUCCCCGAGAAUUAGCAAGGAUGAGCUACGUCAGCUUGCAGAAAUAUUCGCGCAGAUUGUCAGUAAUGGGUCUACAUAUAGAUGGGAGAUUCGGGAUAUUUACAUAAGUUCAUUACACAUUGGACGUGGAUCUGUUUGGCUGGGUUGUUGCCAGAGUGACCUUCGAUCUUGGAAACCACCAGCCAAUAAAAUACAACCUCCACCACAACGAAUGAUGAAUAAUAAGGCGAGAAGAGGAAUACAAAGAUUCGCAUGUAAUGGACAAUUGAAACUUAAAUUUGAUUUGAUGAAUCAACAAGUCGGUUUAAAUAUUAGGCAUGAUAUUCAACAUGUUCCUCCUUCUUCCCCGGUUAAACCGCCCUUGUCGAAUGUGUUACAACUUGAUUCGUCUAACAUCAUCGAUCAAAGUUUGAUUGAACAAUCCUUUGUUGAACAUUCGUUAUCCGAGGAUUUGCUUAUGUCUGAUCAAGUCGUAGCAGUAUUGGAUGGACGUGCAUUGGGAGAACAUUUAGUGGUUGAAGAACAUUGA